ACCAUUUUACCUACCCGCGUAGGUAUAUCUUCCCCUCGUUCCCCUUCUCCUCAUUCUCCUCAUCUCCUCUGUUCAAACAUUGCCGCAUCGGGUCCUCCAUUGGCUACCUCUCUGAGCCUAUCGCACUCCAUCAAAGACUCUUGAAGUCGAAGUGUGACGUGCUCUAUCCUUGGUUUCGUUCUGUCCGGUCAUCAACCCAUUGCCCAACUUCAAGAUGGGGUUCAAGGAGUUCUUCAAGAACCGCUCGCUUAAAGUGAAAGACAACAAGCGCACCAAGGCCGCCGAGCUUACCCUCCGAGAGUCCAUCUACCCGAUUUGUCUGGUGACAGUUUUGGUUUUCCUCUGGGGGUUCUCCUAUGGUCUCUUAGACACGCUGAAUAAACAUUUCCAAAACACCCUCAACAUUACCAAAGCGAGAUCGGCUGGUCUUCAAGGAGCAUACUUCGGCGCUUAUCCUCUUGCAUCUCUUGGCCAUGCCAACUGGAUCUUAAGACAUUAUGGCUAUAGGGCGACCUUCAUGUGGGGUCUUUUCUUAUAUGGUCUUGGUGCUUUCAUUGCGAUCCCCUGUAUCAAGGCAAAAUCAUUCGGAGGCUUCUGUACCGCCAUUGCCAUCGUCGGUAGCGGACUAGGCUCUCUCGAAACAGCUGCCAACCCAUACAUUACUGUCUGCGGUCCACCGAGAUAUUCUGAACUGCGUAUCAACCUCGCACAGGCUUUUAACGGAAUCGGCACUGUCAUCGCUCCCGUGCUAGGGUCUUACGUCUUCUUCACCUUCGAUGACAAGACUGCUCUCGAGAAUGUGCAGUGGGUAUACGUGGCUAUCGGCAUCUUCGUCUUCCUCCUCGCCUUCACCUUCUUCAUCUCACGGAUUCCCGAGAUUACGGAUGCCGACAUGGCUUACCAAGCCAGCGAGACUCAUGCCAAUGCGGACGACAAGCCCUUCUGGAAACAGUACCGGCUUUUCCACGCUGCCGGUGCGCAGUUUUGUUACACGGGUGCGCAGAUCGCCAUCGCCUCCUACUUCAUCAACUACGUUCGUGAGACACAGCCAUGGUCCACUGACGCUAGCGCCGCGCGUUUCCUCUCUGGCGCACAGGGUGCCUUCACAGGCGGUCGUUUCUUUGGUGCAUUGCUGAUGAGAUUCGUCCGUCCUCGUUGGGUUUUCCUCGCUUUCUUGAUCGCUUGUAUCGUGUUCAUUGGACCCUCUAUCACUCAGGACGGUUGGACUGGUAUGUCGCUGCUCUACGUGGUGCUGUUCUUCGAGUCCAUCUGCUUCCCUACCAUUGUCGCCCUUGGUAUGCGUGGUCUGGGCAAACACACUAAGAGAGGUUCGGGUUGGAUCAUUGCCGGUGUCGCCGGUGGUGCUGUCGUUCCGCCUCUGACCGGUGUGGCGGCUGAUUCUCAUGGCACUCCUAAAGCCAUGGUGGUUCCCCUAGCGUUCUUCGUCGCAGCGUUAACAUACGCCGUCGCUGUCAACUUCAUUCCUGCUUAUAGAGACCCCGCGGACGCCUUUUCUACUACUGAGGUAGGCCUUCAGGGCCAUAGCGCAGACGAAGAGAAGGCCGUGGCCGAUAAGCUAGCUGAUGAGAAGCUCGAAGAAGCUGAGCACGUCGGACACUUUGGGGAGAAGAGGGACAUCUAAAUAGAUAGGCUAUAUAGCCAGUCUCGGGAUUUGUCAGAUACCAUCUUAUCUAUCUAAUAAAGUUACAUAUCGUUAUUACGGUUUGAGUAUAUGAUUAACGCAAGUACCUAGAAAGUGUCUUCAAUACUCGAGCCACGUAUAUGUCUAGAUCUUCCUCAUCUCCGUGCCAUACUCCACCGA